AUGCGUAACAGUUCCAAGAACCGGUUCAUGGCCAGAGGUAGGUUUAGAGAAUACACGGAGAACAUCCUGGACCGGCGGGGCAAGGCGCCUUUCAUGGAGAUCACCUUCAGCCUCGCCAUGCGCGGGAUCAAUCCCACUGUGUACGUCGAAAGGUGCAAGUACAUCCACGCCGGCGUGAAGGCGUCCAGACGGCUACUUGAUUUUCGCGACGACACUGAAAAUGUGUACCGUGUGGGCUUUGAUUCCUCCUGUGGGCACACGCAAAACGGCAAGCACAAGCAGUGCAAGGAAGAUUUCAAGAAGGCGCACGACGGCAUCACUCAGUUCAGGAGUGGGGACGCCCACAUUGGUGCCCGCGCGCGAAGGAGUGACAUGGAACUCUUCGGAUACAUUUUGCUUCAGUGCCUUUGCUACCGACUGUCUUGGAAGGAUAGCGUCAAAUACGUCAGCCAACAGAAGAGCACGCAGUUGGAAAACAUCACCCUGUUGAUGAGCAAAUGCUUCCAACACAGGGACAUUCCAUGCGGCAUCACCAAGAUCCUCCAGUGCGCGGCAUCCACGAAAUUUGAGAACACGCCAGACUGCAAGCGGCUAGAGGACCACGGAGAAGGGCAUGCAGGCGGCGGGUUUCGAGCCUUACAGCUCGUUACACUUGACGCCAACGAGGACGCCGUGGCGAAACUCGUUCUCGCCAAAGAAGCCCGUGCUGAAAGAAAUCAUCAUCACCACGGACAGCAUGGGCGUGAGCGCAGACGAUAA